AGUGUAAUAACCAAUGUCGGCGGAUUUUUAGGUCAGCUGAUCGGCAAGGACAUUUCCAGGCCCUGUAUAACACUCUCAAUGAUGGAGAUAAUCCUCUUAAGAUCCUUAAGGUAGCUGAUACUCGCUGGCUCUCUAUCUCCCAAGCAGUUACUCGCAUCGUAAAACAAUGGCUAGAGCUACGUUUGCAUUUUGAAUUGUGGAAAGGGAACGACAAAUGCUUCACAGCUGAACUUCUCUUCAACAUGUAUUCCGAUGUUCGCAACGAACUAUACUUGUUGUUUCUGCAACCUAUUCUCGAGGAAGCCCAGAAGGUGAAUAAAGUCUUCCAGACAAAUGGAAACGAUCCUGUGAAGCUUUUGAAAUCCUUGACUCUUCUUAUUCAAGGACUAGCAAAGCGAAUCGUUGUUUCUGGGCUCAAAGAAAAUUUGCUCACUGUUAACGUAAAAAAUCACCUACAUCCAAAGCCUUACCUUGGCUAUACGUUUGAAGAGAAAAUGCGUCAAGCACGUUCCAGCAAACUUCUCAAUGUUGACGACGAGAUGGCCAUCAGAUUGAGAUGCAUCAGUUUUGUUGCAACUCUAGUAAGCAACUUGCAGCUGCGACUUCCAGACAACAUAGAGGUUCUUCAGAGUGUGUCUCUUCUCGCUCCAGAAAGUUGUUUACGCACAGUGAAACCGUCAGUGAUACCGCUUGCACAGCUCAUGCAAGAGCCUCCAGAAAUUAUAACCAACAUAGACUUUCAGUGGUCGAAAAUUUCUUUCGUGGAAUGGAAGAAUACAGAAAAGACUGUACCUUUCUGGGUCGAGGUCCUACAGUAUAAGGAUGCUGCUGGAGAAAAUCCCUUUGUGGAUUUGGUAAAUUUUGCCAUAAAGUGUCUAGUGCUACCUUGGUCAAAUGGAGAAAUUGAACGAGCAUUCAGUCAAAUGAAAAUUGUUAAAUCACCUCACAGGAAUAGGCUCGAUGAUUCAACUUUGGUAGCAAUCCUCAUAAUUCGUGCUGGCUUUCGUAGGUUGAAUUUGUGUUGCUCUACCUACCAAUUCCCAACAUCAGUACUGGACCAAAUAGGCACUCUUGCUGCAUAUACACCCCGUACGUCUGUAUCAGAUGAAGUGAUAUUUGACGAUGUUCAAAGGUCGGAACCACUUCAGCAAGAUUUAUUUACACAAGAUGAGGAUGAUCCUAUCUUGGACUCCUUUUGAUUAUUUUUUAUUUUUUCUGUCUGAAUAUUCAUGUGCAAUUUAUUAUGGUUAGCUGAAUAUAUAUGUGCAAUAUGUGAAUAUAUAUGGUUAUAUGAAUAUAUAUGUGCAAUUUAUUAUCGUUUUGGUAUUUUAUUAUUUAUAAAAUUUUACCCAAACCACAAUCGUAUAAUGGCUCUUACAUCGCGCGUCGCGUUUGUACAUUAGUCUGCAAGUGCUAUAACAAAUAAUUCAAAUUUUUUUUGUCUAGUAGGAUUCUGGUAGGAUUUACAACACCAUCUAGUAGACAGGCAGAAGUGGAGUUGGCAACACUGCGAGUGACGUCAUUACCCGAUUCCCCCAGGCAAUUGAGCACACCAUGUAAUCCUUCCACCAUGAAUUCGUCCGGUGUCCGCCGGGAUUAACGUAACGCGGCAUACCGGAACCGCGGUAUGUGGGUCACUGUCAUGUGCCGACGGCGUCCGGCGGCCGGCGCGGCGUCGCGGAUCGACGACCGGGCCCGGCGCGCGGAAUCGAGCUCUCCCGCGGCGAAUCCGCGAGAGUCCGAAAGAAGUCGACGACACGGCGAUCUGAAAGGUACUGGGGCCCCGCGACGAAACGGUGCACCGUCAAUUCCUGUCGGAGCUCCAAUCCAACUCCUUCCUCCUGCCGUUGCCUCCGCCUCCGCCGCCGCCGCCGCCGCCGCCGCCGAUCCGCGAUCAUCGUCGACGUCAUCGUGCACGGUCGUCGC